AUGAGUCCCUACGUACGCUUUACGAUCAUCACUGCUAGUUUCAUCGGCCUUAUCCUCAUCUACACGAUCAGAUCGGCGGCACUAAACGACCCAACUUCCCUAUUUUUCAACCCACAAAAAGGAUACGCGCUUCGAUACUCUACGAUACGGCACCAACAGGCUGAAGCCUUUAUAUCCUCAUAUAAUUCUACGCUGAUGCCCAAGGCCGUGAAAGCAGGGCAAAGGACCAACAAACUGUGUAUCGGUAUUCCCUCCAUCGGCCGCCGCGGUGCACAAUACAUGCGCGAGACGGUAGGGUCACUAUUGGAGGGGUUGACACCUGAUGAGAGGAGUGAAAUCUAUCUCAUGGUGUUCAUACCACAUGCAGAUCCGGCUGUGCACUCAGCAUAUAGCGAAGAAUGGUUGCAUACAAUUACGGAUCAUGUUCUUACCUACGAUUUCGAAGACCAUGAGAAGAUGCAGCAUAUUCGGGAUAUGGAGGAUGAAGGCGGCCAAUUCGAAGAAAAGGGACUGUACGAUUACUCGUAUCUAUUGUCAAAAUGCAUGGAGCAGCAUACGCCGUACAUUGCGAUUUUUGAAGACGAUACGCUUGCCAUGGAUGGAUGGUAUCAUCGGACAGUAGCAGCUAUUAGGGACGCUGAACAUCAGUCCAGGGUACGAAAGGCGAAGAAUUUCCUUUACCUCCGCUUGUUCUAUACCGAAGAAUACUUAGGUUGGAAUUCAGAGGACUGGAAAACAUAUUUAUACCACUCGAUGUGCGUGGCUGCUGUACUUGGAGCUAUCUUGUUUCUCCUACGCGUCUCCAAGCCUGCUAUCACGCUCUCUCGAACCGUCGGUACGAUACGCGCAAUCGUCGCAACCUACUCUCUACUUGCAGUGUUUAUUCUUGUCUUUUUCGCACUUGGUCGUUUGACUGUCCUUCCUUCCCCAAAUGGGGUACAUGAGAUGUCCCGAUUUGGAUGCUGUAGCCAGGCCUUUGUAUUUCCUCGCCAAAAGGCUAUUGAGCUAGUAGAUUAUUUUGAAAAGUCUCGCAUUGGGUUUGUGGACGUAUUGAUUGAAAAGUUCGCGGAUGAGAGGAGAGAGUUGAGGUUCGCUCUCACACCGAGUGUGGUACAGCACGUUGGCAAAAAAAGCAGUAAAUUAGAUAUUGAUGGAUCGAUAUACAAAGAGAAGAUCUGGAGCUUCGGGUUUGAAGCGUAUGAUUGGAAGCGCUUGAGAAGUGAGCAUGAGGACACGGUAAAGAUGAAAACAGGAUCGGAUUGA